CAGGCAUUUUCCAACAUCUGAGGCUCAGACAGAAAUUUACAGAAGGUCUGAAUCGAACUUUUUGCAACAUUAGAGAUAACAUUAGGUAAAAAACGAGUAACAUGGAGCUUUGCGCACGAAAUGAGACAUCUACGAGCCCAGAGUGCGUCGGAGCGCAGACGGAAGCGCUGCAGAACGGAGCCGGUAACGGCAGCUUGGACACAACAAACAUCACCUACGGAAACGUUUCCACACUACUCAUACCUCAGCGUGCCAGGCAGAAAGAUGGGGACCACACACUGCGGAUCCUGCUCUACUCACUCAUCUUCUUCCUGAGUGUAAUUGGCAACCUGCUGAUCAUUGUGGUGCUGACCGUCAAUAAACGCAUGCGCACCGUGACCAACACCUUCCUGCUGUCACUCGCUGUCAGUGACCUGAUGAUGGCCGUCUUCUGCAUGCCCUUCACCCUCAUCCCCAGCAUCCUCAAGGACUUCAUCUUUGGUGCUGCCAUGUGCAAGAUAGUGUCCUACCUCAUGGGCAUAUCAGUGAGCAUCUCAACUUUUAGCCUAGUUGCCAUAGCAAUUGAGCGCUACAGCGCUAUCUGUAACCCCCUGAAGUCACGGGUAUGGCAGACCAGGUCCCAUGCCUAUCGGGUGAUUGCUGCUACAUGGGUGCUGGCCUUCAUCAUCAUGAUCCCCUAUCCAAUCAUCAGUCACUUGGAGUCUUUUCAGCGUCCCGACAACACCACUGCUCACCAGUGUCGCCACAAGUGGCCCCUCGCAACGGCAGAGCAGGCCUGGUACAUUCUGCUACUGCUUGUGCUGUUUGCAAUCCCAGGGUUGGUGAUGAUUGUGGCCUAUGGACUUAUCUCCAGGGAACUUUAUAGAGGCAUUCACUUUGAGAUGGGCCAGAAAAAAGACUCUACUGAUGUGAAGAAUGGACUGACCUCCACUGUGUCUGCUGGUAGUGACGAUGGAGAUGGUUGCUAUGUUAAUGUCGUCCAGCGGACACACACGAUGGAGAUGUCCACCAUGGCUGCAUCGAGCAGGGCAGUCAAGGCAGAAAGACCACGCAGCAACACGUCCGAGGCCAAGCUGGAGGCCAAGAAGCGAGUUAUCCGCAUGCUGGUAGUCAUUGUUGUCCUGUUCUUUCUCUGCUGGAUGCCACUGUAUUGUGCCAACACCUGGCGGGCUUUCGAUGACCUCUCUGCAAAACAUGCUCUCUCAGGUGCACCCAUCGCUUUUAUCCAUUUGUUGUGCUACACGUCCGCCUGCGUCAACCCAAUUAUUUACUGCUUCAUGAACACCCGUUUCCGAAAAGCUCUGCUUGCCACGUUCUCGUGCUGUGCCGCACCUUGCCACCGCCGUCGUCGCCGUGGGCUACGGGACAACGAGGAGGACGUUAUGGCAACAGGAGCGUCCAUGUCCAAGUUCAGCUACACUACAGUCAGCACCAUGGGAACCUGCUGAGGCAGAUGGAUGCAGGCACAAUCCAGAAGAAACAGUUUCUACGGCAACACAGCACCCCACAUCCUUUGUCUGUAGGCCAAAUCUGUGCUCAUAGGGACAGUAAUGUGGAGUGGAAAAACAGGUUAUAUAGUGUAGCAUUAUAGAAGCUAAACCCAUGACUGUGAGUAAACUUACAUAGGGAUUAUUUAAUUACAGUGUAAA